AUGAAACCGAAGUACAUUUCUUUUUCAAGUCUGACCACUUCAGUGUCCGGACCACCACCACCACCACCACCACCACCACCACCACCACCACCACCACAUAGGAUGGGAACAGAGGAGAGCAGUGUGGAGUCAAUUGGUGGAGGCUGGUGGGGCAAGACUAUGUAUGAUGUCUGCAGUAUGAGCAGUGAUGGCACAUUUGAAAUAAUUGAUGAAAGGUCAGCCGAGCUCGGGUCGACGCCGCAGGCGACUGAGGGGCGCUCAGGGCACAGUGCUGCCGAGGUGGUUCCUACUGCACUCCGGCCCCAGGCGCUGCCGCUGACAGACCGCGAGGACGGCCACACGACGAAACACGCGGAAACUGAAGUGGAGGGGUCGACGGACGCUGUGGCAACGGUGAUGCGAGAGGAGCUGCAGGUUUCGAACGCGCCGGAGCGUCGUAAGAAGCGCCGCCUCCACUCUGGUUCGGCCCCUCCUCGUACUGAGACACCAGAUAACUCUGCUGGUCCGUGUCAGACAGGUCCUCAUCACCAGACACCGGACGUCGCAUUUGGGCAGUGA